UGCUGCUUUGACUCUCAAAGCAACGACAACGGGAAAUAGCACGGAGCACGAGCACGGGCGCCCGGUUGCAUUUGAUUUAAGCCGCCGCAUACCACAGCAGGGAGACCGUUCUGUUUCGUUCACUAAAUUACUAUCCAUGGAAGAUGUAUUUUAAUUUUUUAACUACGACCUGCUUUUCAACUGAUAACCGAGAAACCGUAGAUAAAAUAAGAUGUUAAAGUGAUUACCAAGGGUAAAUAAUAAACAAUACCGGGCAAGCAAGGUCCCUUCCCCGAGCGCAGGUGGAUCCAACGAAGUGGUGGAACAGGGUAUUGAACGAGGACAGGAACUGCAGCGUACCACGAUAACCUCGGGACUUCUAGCCUACUACUGCUAUAUUCAAAUAAUAGGUCUAACUAUUCAUUCCUAUAUCUGCUUUUUGGGGGUCCAAUAUGAUGCUAAAUUGUUCCACAACCUGGAUGUGUAUCAGAACAUCAUUAUGAUGGAAAUAGAAUAACCCAAGUGAUGUUGCCACUGUAGAACGCAUAACGCACUUGGACUAAUAGGUGUGCAACUCUAAUCAAAUUAUUGCUUUGUACGCUUCCCAAGUCUGCUUUAAUUGAAAUAAUACCUAGUUCUCUCUUAUGUGGACCUAUAAUAGUGUUUAAAGGAUGCCUGAAGCACUCGCCCCAGCCCAGGCGCUCUACAUCGGCAUGGAGGUGGUGAUUGCCGUCUUUUCCGUCCUGGGUAAUGUGAUGGUGGUCUGGGCGGUGAAAAUUAACAAAUCGUUGAGAGACACAACAUUCUGUUUCAUCGUUUCUCUGGCCCUGGCGGAUAUCGCAGUGGGAGCCCUCGUCAUCCCCUUGGCGAUAACUAUCAGCAUCGGACUUCAAACUCACUUCUACAGCUGCCUAAUGGUCGCGUGCACGGUGCUGGUACUGACGCAAAGUUCCAUCCUGGCCCUCCUGGCCAUUGCGAUUGACCGCUAUCUCAGGGUCAAGAUUCCAACCAGCUACAAGCGUGUGGUGACAAAGCAGCGAGCGGCCGUGGCGGUGGUGGUGUGUUGGACUGUGGCCUUCAUCGUGGGCUUGACCCCCAUGCUGGGCUGGAACAACCUCUGGAGGCUGCAGCAGAACGGUUCUCUGAACGAGGAUCUCAUCAUCACCUGUCAGUUUGAGAACGUAAUCAGCAUGGACUACAUGGUCUACUUCAACUUCUUCGGCUGGGUGCUGCCUCCUUUACUCCUCAUGCUGGUCAUUUACACAGAGAUCUUCUACAUGAUCCACAAGCAGCUCAACAGGAAGGCUUGCACCAUCAGCCACACCGACCCCAACAAGUACUACGACAAGGAACUGAAACUGGCCAAGUCCCUAGCCCUGGUUCUCUUCCUGUUCGCCAUCAGCUGGCUUCCCCUCCACAUCAUCAACUGCAUCACGUUGUUCUGUCCGACCUGCGACAAACCCCUGUUCCUGAUCUACAUCGCCAUACUGCUCACGCACGGCAACUCAGCCGUCAACCCCAUCGUCUACGCCUUCCGCAUCAAGAAGUUCCGAGACGCUUUCCUGAAGAUCUGGAAGCAGUACUUCUGUUGUAAGGACGUAUCCGCCAUCUUGAACCAGCCUAGUGAGAAGGACAGGAAGGAGAACGAGAACCAGAAUGGGAACGGGAAUCCUAAUCCGAUCGGGGACUCACCGCCAGCUCCUUCGCCAUCACAAGAAGGGCAGCAGCUUCCACUAGAGCAGAUGGUUAAGCACCAGCUGCCACAGAAGCCUCCGAUGGAGCACAACAAUAUCUAACUAUCCCCGGAAGAAAGGGAGUUUCUACAUUGACGUGUUUCAGAAACCUUUGAGUUCCUUUGAGUUUUUUGGAGAUGACUAGAGGUUGUUUGACAGGAGUCAGAGGCAUCCUGAUAGUAGUCGUUUCCCGAAUGUGAGGCAACCAAUGGAGGAGGAGCGUGAGAAACAUUCCAGCAGUUUACUUUUUGUACCUUGCACCUGCACCUGGAUGUGACUGGAUGUUUGUGUAUACUACUUUGAAAGGAGUGUGACAUGGUACCCUACUGAAUGGAAGGAUUCUGAAUGGAAGGAUUCUGAAUGGAAGGAUUCUGAAUGGAAGGAUUCUGAAUGGAAGGAUUCUGAUUGGAAGGAUUCUGAAUGGAAGGAUUCUGAAUAGAAGGAUUCUGAAUGGAAGGAGUCUGAUUGGAAGGAUUCUGGAGACGUGUUAGACGACUUGCAGCUUAAGGAUCCAUCUUACAGACUGUGAAAUCUCAUUUUAACAUUCGUGUGGAGGUGUAUUUGAGUUUGAGGCAGAGGGGGGUAAAGAAAAAAAAAAACAUUGAAAAUGAGUAUUAGGGUUUAUACGGUAAAAACACUGAGAAUUAAUAUUAGGGUUUAUACGGUAAAAAAAAGUGUAAUCAAAAAUGUGCAAUAAUGUAAGUCUAUUUGAUAAUGAGACUGAGACAUCUUAGUAGCUAACUGAACUGAAGGCACUAAGCUUUAACUGACAGUUAACAGAACACUGACAGUUGACCUUUUUAGUGUUGUGAAAUUAGAGAGGAACUGACAGUUCGUGGGAUCCUCGUUCAAAAAAAGUGCAAAAUCGAGCACUGAUGUUGAGGUAUAAUCAGUGUCAGAUUAUCAAACGUUAUAACACUGAAUAAACAUGUGGCUUAAAAGAGUUCCAGAUGUUGCAAGGUUAAUGUUCCUGCUGUUUAUUAAAAUGUACUGAUUUAAGCUAACAAAGGCUUUAUAUGAAUGUAGUGAUGUAAAUUUGAAUUAAAUGUAGCUACGGUGGCAGCUGUGAAUGAACGCUCCCUUCUUGAUUCAGGGUCUUAAGGCACAAGAAGCACAGUGGAGGAACGAGUGGAGGUCUCCUCUCCUCUCCUCUCUACACCUCUCC